AUGACCAAUGAUCCUGUGAAUUACGUGCGCCAAGGAGCAUUAAUUUCCUCUGCAUUGAUAAUGAUUCAGCAAACUGAAAUCACCUGCCCCAAGGUUAGCCAGUUCCGUCAACUCUACUCCAAGGUGAUUAAUGACAAACAUGAUGAUGUGAUGGCAAGGUUCAGUGCCAUCCUGGCCCAGGGAGUUCUUGAUGCUGGAGGUCACAAUGUUACCAUUUCACUGCAGUCAGGUACUGGUCACACUCACAUGCCUUCUGUGGUUGGGGUCCUGGUCUUCACGCAGUUCUGGUUCGGUUUCCUCUCUCACACUGUUUCUUGCUUUUACUCCAACCGGUGUUAUUGGACUUAACAAGAAUCUUAAGAUGCCAAAAGUCCAGUAUCGAUCGAACUGUAAACCAUCAACAUUUGCUUAUCCUGCUCCAUUAUAAGUGACCAAGGAAAAAGAGAAGGAAAUGGUCUCCACUGCCGUCCUGUCUAUCACAGCCAAAGCCAAGAAGAAGGAGAAAGAGAAGGAGAAGAAAGAGGAGGAAAAGAUUGAUGAGUUGAUGAGACUGAGAAAAAGGAGGAGAAAAAGAAAGAGCCUGAGCCAAACUUCCAACUUCUAGAGAACCCAGCCCGUGUAAAGCCAGCUCAGCUCAAAGUACUCAGCAUGCCUGAAGGCACUAGAUACCAGCCUUUCAAACUUCUAUCUAUUGGUGGAAUUAUCAUUCUCCAAGACACCAGCGAGGAAGAGGAGCAACUGGUGGAACCUGUUGCUGCUCAUGGGCCAAAGAUUGAGGAGGAAGAGCAAGAACCAGAACCCCCUGAGCCUUUUGAAUAUAUUGAUGACUAG